GUGAAAUAGAGUGAGUGGGUUGGACCAUGGAAAAAGCUACCUGCCCUCGCCCGCCCUUAGUACCUGCCCAGGGCCAUAAGGUACGAUUUUAUUUUUAAGAAGACCCCUUGUCCUCGACCCAAAACUUCCUCCUUCCCGUCAGAGCGUCAUAUCUUCUAUCACCACCGCCACACGCUCCUCUCUCCGACUCCGACUCCCGUCUCUGUCUGUGCCUCAUAGCAUCGGACAGCCUGCACCUCACACUCCUUGUUCAGGGUGUAGACAUCGCCGUCGUCAUAGCCACCGAAAUCACCAACCACAUCAAUUUGACAGUCAGCGGCCACGCCGAUUCGAGCUUCCUACGCGUCCACAGAUCCUACCAACUCCAACGGUGACAUCAGGACCAUCCAUACCGAGGUCACAACUAGCCCUGUCGCGUCCGAGUAGACACCGAGAUAUCAAAGUCGCCGUGCGAAUUCCAGUCGGCAGUAAUCGAGGACGGGUUGUAUUGAGUCAGCCUCUUCCGACGACUUCGGCCUUCAUUGCCAUCGACCCUACGGAUCCCCUCACAACAGUCUUUCCUGAUCAACGCGUCGGGGCGCAACUGCGAAGGGCAGCGGGCACCUCGCGCAUCACCUUGCGCGUCAAAUCUGCCCACGCCGAAUCCUCCGACCUUGCAGGUAAAACUGGUCCCCUACACUGUGCACCGGAAUAGACAAGAUCCAAACGGGCCUUGGCCAGUGUGGAAAACAGACACUAGGCUGGUUCAGGACAGAGCGCGUCUCUACUAAUUCAACACGCGCCUCUUCCUGCACCUUGAUCCGUGCACGACAAUCCGGUACCCACCCCCAGCAUUUCACGGGUCUCCAGACAGGGCCCGGUCAGCCGCGUGCAGCAGUCAGCAACCGCCAACGACAGGCCCCGUUUUGCUGCCCAGUGCCGAACUGAUACACACCUUUGUGGUCUCGUGUGUUCAUCUUGAUUGAUUCGCGACCUGCAUCUAGCGCACCUGCAACCAACAGCCACCGGGUUCCGAAACAUUCUGGUGUUGUAAGACACAUCUUAUUUCCUUGCUGCGGGAGUGCAAUUUCCUUGCGGACGAACCCGUGGACCCUCCCGGUGAGGUUAUGGGCAUUACCAAUAUGCUGAACCAAAAGGGCGGCGUUCAAGCGACGCAUUCAAUUCCAGGUGUUCAGGGAUCCACUCCAGAACAGCCUGCUCACCAGCAACUCCCCCAGAUUCCGAUGGACCGCGCCGACUCGCCUCACGGAUCCGAACACUCGAGGUACUCGCAGCCUACCAUGAACGGCAGCAUGCAAAACGCUCGGCCGUAUGGCUCUCCCAGUGCGAUGCACGCCCCUCUCCACAUGCCCGAGCCCAACAUGGGCCCAAUUGGAUUUCCUGGCAUGGCCCCCGAUAUUGCCCACGCCAUGCCCCAAUAUGCGAAGCCCCCCGAGGCGGUAGCGGCCCAGCCACCUCCCAAGGCAUACCCAUGCAGCACUUGUGGGAAGGGAUUCGCAAGGCGUAGUGAUCUUGCCCGCCAUGAGCGGAUCCACACUGGUGUGCGGCCACAUGUCUGCGACUUCCCAAACUGCGGCAAACAGUUCAUCCAGCGAUCCGCUCUUACCGUUCAUCAGCGAGUGCACACGGGAGAGAAGCCACACAUGUGUGAACGUUGCGGCAAGCCCUUCAGCGACUCUAGCUCUUUGGCGCGGCAUCGUCGGAUCCACUCGGGUAAGAGGCCGUACAAGUGCCCGUAUGCCGAUUGUCAAAAGACAUUCACGAGACGCACGACACUCACUCGCCACCAAAACCAUCACACUGGCACAGUCGAGGAUGCUGCCCGCGCGACUGCGGAGGCCCUGGCCAGGAAUAGCGUGGCUCGCUCGGGCUCCGCACGUCCUGCCCGGUCUGACGGUGAUCAAGUUAGCAACCAUGGAUCGCCCAUCUCUACUCCCUCUCCUGCGCAAAGGACUAUGUCCAUGUCACCAAGCUCCGAGAUGGUGGGUGCCAACGGAAUGCAACACGGCUAUGUUGGAAACACGUCUUUGCCCGCCCACCUGCGCAACGACCUGCACACCGGCAGCCCCACAUCUACAACAUCGGCAGGUUUCGCCAACAACGUCCGGCCAACAUCGCAUCCCACGGCUUAUGGAGCAGCGCCUCCGACGACAUUGGAGCCGAGCAUCGAGAACGGGCAAGGACCCGGCAGUGCUGCUGGAAGCCCACACAUGAGCAGUGUUGGAUGGGCUUCCCCCUCACAUGUUGCGGCAUCGCCUGUUCACAGCAACAACGGCAACGGCAGCUACGUCUACCCAGACCCUGACCAAGGGUAUCCCAGCAACCCGGCCGCACAAGGGCAGCUGUUCUACAGCGCGGCCAUGGGCUUGCAGAGACCUGGGAGCGCUGAGCCUGGUGCGGCAAACUACAACAAGCCACGCCAGGGUGAACUCUGGGCUGCCUGAGAGGAGCCACGAAUGUCAGAAGGACACUCAGUGCGUGCACAGGCCUAGAGGCAUAGAAACCUCUUCUUUGGUUGCAUAUCCAGGCAUGCAAGUACAAAUCAUGACAGCAGACCGGCUCGUAUUUUCUCAACCCUUUUCGGCCGUCAAACAGUGACGAUUCCAGAAAGAAUUUUGGCGGGUACCCAUUGAUUGUUCAAUUGGUGCGGAAAUCUGCACCUAUUCUUUUAUAAUGCGGAAGUUACGGCGCAAACUUGAAUCGACUGUGGAGGGUGGUAAUGAGGAUUCUCGGCUGGGAGUACACUUUUCUUCACUCCUUUAGACUGGCAAAUGGGCACCGAAAAGGCAGGACAAGCGUGGCAGCGCAACAGGACGAUGACAGGAUGGUGUUUGGAGCUCACGGUUGAUUGCUUUCCAGGUCAGCAGACACAAAAGUGACUACCUAUUUUACUAUUUUGUAACGUGUAAAACAAUUAGACGUCCGAUAGCUUCGAUGACCAAGGAAAGAAAAAAAUGGGACUUCUGUGUACUUGACAUACAGCUUGACAAUAGUGUGACACUGACAUGUCAUAUAUCGAGGGCCGGUGAGACGAGGUCAGGAGAUAUUUCUUGUACUUGCUUGAUGAAGCCCUUGUUCGCAUCAGCGAGUGGCGCCCAAGCGACUUCUGGGUUGAGAGAGCCGAGCCAGCCUCGUCAGACAGACUGCGUCCGCCAAGUAGAUGUAAGAGGUCGGAACCGGAAGCUGGCCAGGAUCCGAGGCCAGGCUAGUUUUGUUGUAGCCGGGCGC